UGUGGGAGCAGCUCGGGAGUUCUGUUUUGGAAGCUGCAAGUCCCGGGGGUCUUCCCAGGGCACUGGCGAGGGCAGGGGACCGCCAUGUCCAGCCUGCUGCUGCUCACUGCUGCGCUCCUUUCCAGCUGGGCCCAGCUGCCUGCCGAAGCCAGCUCUUGGUGGUCUUUAGCGAUGAACCCGGUGCAGAGGCCUGAGAUGUUUAUCAUCGGUGCCCAGCCAGUGUGCAGUCAGCUUCCCGGGCUUUCGCCCGGUCAGAGAAAGCUGUGCCAGCUGUACCAGGAGCACAUGGCCUAUAUAGGGGAAGGCGCCAAGACAGGCAUCAAGGAGUGCCAGUACCAGUUCCGGCAGAGACGGUGGAACUGCAGCACCGUGGAUAACACGUCUGUCUUCGGGAGAGUCAUGCAGAUAGGGAGCAGAGAGACUGCCUUCACCUACGCGGUGAGCGCGGCCGGGGUGGUGAAUGCCAUCAGCCGAGCCUGCCGUGAGGGUGAGCUCUCCACAUGUGGCUGCAGCCGGACAGCACGGCCCAAGGACCUCCCCCGGGACUGGCUGUGGGGUGGCUGUGGGGACAACGUGGAGUACGGCUACCGCUUUGCCAAGGAGUUUGUGGAUGCCCGGGAGCGGGAGAAGAACUUUGCCAAGGGAUCAGAGGAGCAGGGCCGAGUGCUCAUGAAUCUGCAGAACAACGAGGCUGGUCGAAGGGCCGUGUACAAGAUGGCAGACGUUGCCUGCAAAUGCCACGGCGUCUCGGGGUCCUGCAGCCUCAAGACCUGCUGGCUCCAGCUGGCCGAGUUCCGCAAGGUGGGAGACCAGCUCAAGGAGAAGUAUGACAGCGCAGCCGCCAUGCGCAUCACCCGCAAGGGCCGGCUGGAGCUGGUGAACAGCCGCUUCAACCAGCCCACCCCGGAGGACCUGGUCUACGUGGACCCCAGCCCGGACUACUGCCUGCGCAACGACACCACCGGCUCGCUGGGCACCCAGGGCCGCCUGUGCAACAAGACCUCGGAGGGCAUGGACGGCUGCGAGCUCAUGUGCUGUGGCCGUGGCUACGACCAGUUCAAGAGCGUGCGGGUGGAGCGCUGUCACUGCAAGUUCCACUGGUGCUGCUUCGUCAAGUGCAGGAAGUGCACUGAGGUGGUCGACCAGUACGUCUGCAAAUAGCCGCGGGCCUGUGCGGCGCCGGCUAUGUGUAUAAGUCUAUAUAAAUCUAUUUUAUAUGUGUAUACAUAAGUGGAUGGAUGCUAACUAAUUAAAAGAAGAACAUGGACAGGAAAAGCUUAUUUAAGAGACGCUGGAGAUGUCCGAGGAGGGGUCACUGCUGCUUCUCCGCUCCCAGGGGGCUGGGCAAAGGGGCUUUUCCCCCGCUCUGGCGGGGACUCUCAGGGCAUAGGGAAUGUGCACUGUCUGCCCGCGGUAGCCUUGAGGAGGCAGGUCGUGGGGAGACGGAGAAGAUGGUUUUGUCUGGGAGUCUGGUGUCUUCGGGGUAGAGGACACCCCUAGGAUCCCAGGGGCAGGCCACGAGGCUCCUUGCAGGUGGCAGCUUCCACCUAGCCGCUCAGGGUCUUGCCAGAUCACUGAUGGGUUCAGGGAGAGGCCGGGGUCUUGUGCCUUCAUUCGUGUGCCCACGGCAGCGUCUGCAGUGACAGGCCAGACGCCUCCCUGUGAAUGCCACCCUCUCCUGUCAUCACUCACUGGUGACCCCGAAUCCUUCCCUCUCUCCCUUUCCCCCUCCCCCCACGGCCCCUCUCUGGGGCCUGGAUGAUUCUUCCUCCUCAGCUCACUAGCUCCUGCCGCAAGUUCCCGUCACCGAGAGGAACGGGACGGGGAAGGACAUGAACUGAGUAUCUGUGCCUGAGCUACAGAGAGCCAGUGCAAAGCUGGACUGAGGACGUCGCACUGUGCUCCCACACAGGGAAGCCAACUUGGGAUGCUGCUGCUCUCACUUCCUUCAUCUAGGGAGGCCUCACGAAUGACAGGAAGCGUAGCUGGGUCAGGCCCGCUGGCCUGGCACGGUCUCUUCAUCUCUGCCCCAGAUGUACAGUUUCUUGCUGACAUUAAAUGCCCUUCCCUGAAGUUACUCUCCCUUUUUUCCUUAUUUGGACACACGGUUUUCUUGAGUCUCCUUUUGUUGUUGACUUGAUCCUUCAAACCCACUACCUGGUGUACCUCUGCAAGACAGUCAGGAAACAGAGACCUUUUUAGAGCUCAAGUCUGGUGAUUAGAAGGAAGGACAGGAGAAUAAUUAUGAGAAUUAAAAUUGGUAAUGCUCGAAGCAAUCUCCCCAAGGGCUAACUAACAAAGAGGACACAGAGUGGGUGGUCCCUACUGCUGUUUCCAUGAUGAACAAAGGAGUCAGGAGGUCUAAGUUUAGCUUCCUGUCUGUCUUCACACUGCAAGUUAGCCUCCAGGUUAACUCUGGCUCCCCAGGCCCUCUGUAGGCUUCUUUAGGCCACAUCUCUUGUUUUUAACCCCAGAACGUGGAGCCUGGGGUUUGGCGGGGGGAGGGGUGGGGGGAGUGCGACAGAACUUGGAAAUCCAAGAAAUCCGAUGUUAUGUCCCAGAAAGGGAGGAGGAGGCUACUGGAAAAGACACUGAUCUCGGCUGCACAGAGAGGCUGGCUUUGGAGAGACUCACCUGCAGGUGAGCCAGCUAGCAGGAAUGGCCACCAGUUUAAUUCCAGAAGAGUUUCUUCCUGAGGAAAUAGUGGGAAUGGGGUCAUGGCAAAUGGUACUUGCAAAACAAUCCAAAAGAUUCUACCUGGAGUAUCCGUGGCCAUUUAUGCUACUGUAGCUUUAGGACCUCAGGAAGAACCUUCUUAACAUCACAGACUAUUUCAGCCUUCAGUUUAUUUUGCCAGAAACUGUUCCUGACACUGCUGUUCAGAUUCCAUAGACCAGUCAUGGUCCAUGAAAGAUAGCGAUUGAAGUGAGUUGGCCUACAAAAGAUUAAACCCUGUUUAUUUGUUGUGUUUAACCAAAUCAGCUGACCAGUCGCACUUAACCAAGCCAGCUGACCGGUUGCACAGACCAGCCAGAAGCAGUGUUUUGGACAUGGGCUGGCAUUACGGCCCUGCCCAACAUCACUAUUCUGGAGGUCCAGAGUUACCUUCUAUCAGAUAUUCAAAGCGUUUAAGGACUGAACUGCAAUUUGAAUUCAUCCUUAAGAACCCUGGGAAAUGUGCUCAGAGUCCACAAUCCCCACAGAAAUGCUGUGGAAAUGUGCUUGAGAAUAUGGAGACCAGCCCAAGAAAAAUGAGCUUCUGUUCAGCACCCUGGAAUCCCAAUGCAGGAAGAGAAAGUGGCGAUCAGAUCACCAGUUCUGGCACCUGCAAAACUUGAUUGGUCUCCAAAGCUUAAAAUAGAAAGUCAGAGGCCCCCAACACUAGGGGUUUGUGUUCAGUUGGCCUGGAGUGGAGCUAGGACUUCUGCCUGCACCUUUAACAAGGGCGUGAGGAACGAACCAUCUCGAAGACUUAACCGCAGAGCCACUGGGGCUGUGGCAGCCAGGUCCUGCUCCCAGCCCAGCGCUGUGCACAACCCCCUAGCGCCAGCAAAUCAUCAUGAUUCACGCAGUCUGGGGCCCUCCCUGGUGGCACGACUGGUUAAAGCGUGGCACUGUGACACUAUCCGCAGCCACUGCAGUACGAGUUCCAUCCCUGGCCAGGGAGGUGACCCACAGGGCACAGCAGACCUCU